AUGUGAUGACAUUUGUCAAACUGAAAAAUCGUGAGCAGUCGUCGUAAUUUUUGGUAAUUUUCAAGAGUUGAAAUUAAUUUAUUUUCAACUAAAUGUGCAGCAUGGAGCAGAAACCUUUGUUCAGGGACCUGACGGCAGAAGAUCCGGAGCCCGAGAUGACCGAAAUAGAAUCAUUAUGUAUCAACUGCUACAAAAACGGCUCCACCAGGUUGUUACUGACUCGCAUCCCGCACUACAAGAACAUAGUGAUCAUGUCCUUCAGCUGUGAGUUCUGUGGGUACGAGAACAAUGAGAUACAGCCGGGAGGUGCCUUCGCUGAGAUGGGGGUCAGAUGGAAGCUGCGCGUGGAAAGCAACUCCGACCUGAACCGCCAGGUGGUGAAGAGCGACUACACGUCCAUCAAGAUACCAGAGGUGGACUUUGAGAUACCAGCACAGAGUCAGAAGGGAGAGGUGACUACAGUGGAAGGUAUCAUCACCCGUGCGGUAGCCGGCUUAACCCAGGACCAGGAGGCGAGGAGGAUUCAGCACCCUGAGGCUGCAGCUCAGAUAGAUGCCUUCGUAGAACGUCUGCAAGGGCUCCGGACCUUGGACACCCCGUGGACUCUGCUGCUGGAGGACAUCAGUGGCAACUGCUUCAUAGAGAACCCCGAGGCGCCCACGAGGGACCCGCGCGCCGUGCGCAGCGACUUCAGGCGCAGCACCGAGCAGGACCACGCGCUGGGCAUCUUCACACGGGAGGAGGUGUCCGACACUUUACCGGGGACCCUGACCCCGGCGGACCCCAGUCAGGGCGCUUUCGACCGCAUGGUCGCCGACGAGGUGCUGCAGUUCCGCACCAACUGUCCUGACUGCAACGCGCCGGCGGACACCAACAUGAAAGUUACCAAAAUCCCGCACUUCAAGGAGGUGGUUAUAAUGGCGACGGUGUGCGAGGCGUGUGGGCAUCGGACCAAUGAGGUGAAGUCGGGUGGCGGUAUAGAGGAGAAGGGCGUGAAGUUCGAAGUUCGCGUGGCCUCCAAGGACGACUUCUCCAGGGAUAUCCUUAAGUCGGAGACAUGCAGCAUGUCCAUCCCGGAGCUGGAGCUGGAGGUGGGCGGCGCGGCGCUGGGCGGGCGCUUCACCACGGCCGAGGGGCUGCUGCGGGCCUGCCUCGAGCAGCUGCGGCACGCGCCGGCGCUGAGCGAGCACCGGCCGGCCAGCGAGCGGCUCGCGCUGUGAGUGUAGUCACAGCUGGAGCUGGGCGGGCGCUCCGCCCCGGCCGAGGGGCUGCUGCGGGCCUGCCUCGAGCAGCUGCGGCACGCGCCGGCGCUGAGCGAGCACCGGCCGGCCAGCGAGCGGCUCGCGCUGUUCAUGGAGAAGUUGGAAGAGGUGCUGGAGAGCAAGCGACCCAUCACCAUCGUGCUGGACGACCCAGCCGGCAACUCCUAUGUGCAGAACCUCAACGAUGACCCCGAGCAGUAUGACGAUGGUCUCAAAGUAACUCACUACGAGAGAAGCUUCGAACAGAACGAAGAUCUGGGACUGAACGACAUGAAGACAGAGGGCUACGAACAGACUGACAGCUGAUCAUUCCUUAUAAUUAAUAUAUAUUUAUUUAAUUAAAUUUAACUUUCUCUCCUAUUGUUGAGUGACAAUGUAAAGAAUACAGAGUCAGAUGAAAGUGGGCUUACUUAAAAGACAUAUUAAAUUCUUUUUUUUUAAUGACUAGCUUUGAAUUCUAGCCCUAUAUGCGGAUUGUUUUCUCUUUGGCUUAUUAAUGUCAAAAGAUAAGUGAAAGCUAUGUUAUUGUGAAUCUAAAUAAAGAUUUACUUUUUAUUUUAACUAAAGGUCUCUCUUUAAUUUUUGCUGUGGACUGUGGUUCUCAAGAGUGGACGUGGAUUCGACUACCCACCCUGACAUCUCAUUACGAUUGUGUAUUGUAGAAAGAAUUUUCGAUUUUGCCCUACUCAGCACGAGUUAAAUGUAUGCUUGUAAAAUAUUGUAAAACUUUUAUACCAAUUAUAACAUUAUGUUUAUUGUU